CGUUUUUUCUUCUCACAGCCUGAGCGUGAUAUAUACAGCAGAUUUGAAUUACACGGGACAGAAACCUGCCUGCAAAUGAGGUGAUGCUGUGGGUGCGCUUAGUUACCGUUUUGGCCACCGUGUACGAAGCAUCAUCCCGUACACGCACCAGUGCCGUCAGACUCGAAACUGUCUUUGCUCAAAUGUACGCUCUCGUUCGUGCUUAUGUGAACAUGAAAAUAUCUGCAGACAGUAUUUCUUCCCUAUGUCGUGACAUUUCACUGUUGGUAUGCUUGUGGAAGAACUUAUCGUGCCUAUGACGCAUGCCAUGUUGCCCAAGUUGCUAUGGUUUUCACCAGUGUACUUCCUUUUACGUUGACCCGGUGUCAAACCUCAAUGCUUGCCCCCCAAGAUCCAUGUUGGCAAUGAAAUGGC